CUGCAGGGGGCGCUCUGGCCCGCCGGGCGGCCCCGCGGAGCCGCCAUAGCCGCCCGCCUCCCCCGAUUUAACGUCUCGGCUGCCGGCUCCGCGCCGCCGCCAUGGCCGACGUGGAAGACGGCGAGGAGCCCUGCGCCGUGUCCUCUCACUCCGGGAGCGCAGGCUCCAAGUCCGGAGGCGACAAGAUGUUCUCUCUCAAGAAGUGGAAUGCGGUGGCCAUGUGGAGCUGGGACGUGGAGUGCGAUACGUGCGCCAUCUGCAGGGUCCAGAUGCCUGUCUUAGAUGUCAAGCUGAAAACAAACAAGAGGAUUGUGUUGUGGUCUGGGGAGAAUGUAAUCAUUCCUUUCACAACUGCUGCAUGUCCCUGUGGGUGAAACAGAACAAUCGCUGCCCUCUCUGCCAGCAAGAUUGGGUGGUCCAAAGAAUCGGCAAAUGAGAGUGGUGGAAGGCUCUCUUAGUGCAUUUGUUUGGAGCCCUGGUGGAUCACAUUACCACGUGCCAGAACACUCCAGGGAACUAAUUCUUCAAACAGGAGGAGAUGGCUCUGUGGUCUUUUGGUACUCAUCAGAGGCAUGGUUUAGCAUUUUGUUAGUUUUAUUUUCAGAAAUUCUCUACAAUUAAGAAGAUAAUUUAUUAAAGAUGGUCUUUCCUACCUCUGUGGUAUGUGUCACAUACACUGCUUAGAAGUGCUUUAAAGGAGGAGAGAGCUACCAAUUGAAUGACUUUAUAAUUUACUUACUGAUAUCCAAGGGGCUGUGGAAGCAGUUCCAUUUGGAAGAGAACUUGUUGCAUGCUUAUAGUUGAUCAGUUAAAAAGAAAGAAGAAAAAAGACAAUGUUAUAAUAACAAAUAAAGUGCAGUUUAAAACCCAAUUCUUAUCCUUAAUUUGUUCCUGAUAUUUAUUUUUGACUGGGAGAGGGUAAUUCAUGAAAUCUUUAUUUGAUAUAAAGAAAAAAAAUUUUAAGUUUGGACCAGUGAACAGGGUAAAUAAAAUUUAACCUUUGGGCAUAUGGAAUUUUGAUUGUCGUAGGCUAUCAUCCUCUGUCUUUGUCUUUGGUUCAUCAAGAAAACCUAAAUCUAUACCCACUGUUCAAUCAUUGAGCGGUAAAGAACAGAAGUAUUUUCAAGUUCUGGUCAGAUUAUGUUAUAAUUAAACUGUGUUUUAGGUGGAAUGUUAAUGAGGGAAAAAUGUUUACCACUGUAACAUUGGAUCAAAAAGUUUAUUUUAUUACACGGUGUUUUAAUAAAUGGUUUAUUCUGUUUACGUCA